AAAUAGAACAAAACACAAAACACAUUUAAACCAAGGGCCAUUCAACACGAACAGCACUUUUACAUCAAAAUUUUAGUAGAUUUUCGCUUCCUAACGGCCCCAACAUAAACUCCUGGCCACGUUUAACACCGUCCAUGGCGGACGCGACGUCUUCGGCGACAGUGAAAGUGCUAAGCCUCGAACUGAAGGCCUUGCAGAAGGAGCCUGUCGAGGGUUUUCAAGUCAACCUACCAGACGAUAGCAACUUUUUUGAAUGGAAUAUCGUAAUCUUUGGACCGCCUAAGACGCUCUACGAAGGGGGAUAUUUCAAGGCACAUAUGUCCUUUCCUUCCAAUUAUCCUUAUGCGCCACCAACAUUUCGAUUCAGUUCUAAAAUGUGGCAUCCGAAUAUAUACGAGACUGGAGAUGUUUGUAUUUCCAUCCUCCAUCCUCCAGUUAACGACCCGCAUAGCGGAGAAUUACCUUCGGAAAGAUGGAAUCCAACACAGACAGUUAGAACUAUCUUGUUAAGUGUAAUAUCACUGUUGAACGAACCAAACACAUUUUCACCUGCAAAUGUUGAUGCUUCAGUGAUGUACAGGAAAUGGCGGGACACAAAAGGGAAAGACGAUGAAUAUGUAAAAAUUAUAAGAAAACAAGUUUUAAAAACCCAGCAAGAGGCUGAGAAAGAUGGAGUUAAGAUUCCUUUGACCAUGGAAGAAUACUGUAUCAAGUCGAAACCGAAACCUCCAGAAGAGGACUUGAAUGAUUUCCUCUGUGAUGACUAUGCGGAUGAGCUUGAAUCAGACGAUUCUGACGAAGAUGACGAGCUUGUGGCUGACAGUCAAGAUUCCGGUAACGAGGAGUCCUGAUUGGACUAUUGUAUAAAUAGGACUAAGUCUGUAUAAUAAUAAUAAUAAUCUAGAUGCAUUAAUGAAUUUGCAGUUGUUAGUGAUGUCCGGUCCCAUAAACCACCCUGGUACUAUAAAUUUUCUGAUACAAAUGAAUUCACAGUGCAAAUACGACCUCAUUCAUACCUGCUCUUCCUGCUACAAAGUUAGCACCAAUAUUCAAUUUCUUAUCAAAAUUUUUACAAUUUCAAUAUUUGUAUCUUAUCCUGAAAUAUUUUGCUUAGAAUUUGUUGUUGUUGCCUAUAUCUAGGAGUUCCUAGAAUUUCUGCACUUGAAAUUUUACUUUAAACUUGGAAUGGCUGAAACUUCUGUGCACUUGGCUGUAAGGCUCAUUUUUACAGGAUGUUCUGAAUCUAAUUUUUUCUAAGAAAUUGAGUGUUAUUUGCCCUGUGACAAUUAUGCAAUUUUCACCUUGAAGCCUGGCUUUCAGGAAUAUAUGAUACAAGAUGAAUGGUUCACGAAAGCGAGGCUUAGAGGUCGAAUGACGUGAUUAUAUAAAAUCCCGUGUUUUCAAAGCUCAUUCUUACCCAAAUUGUUGUUUUUCAAAAACACUGGCUGUUUUUUCAUGGCCUAUUAAUUUGUUUAUAUUGGCGUCACGAACUUGUUUAUAUCCGAAAGUUGCAGAGCAUGUUGUUGUGGUUUCUUUUAAACUUGGCAGGCGAUUACGGAGUCAGGUUAACCUGAAAUAUACAAAUGUUGCAAUAACAAGAUCUUCUCUUUAAUAAUACGAUGUAUUGCAUAAUUACAUUUGCCUUUGUUUUUCACUCUCGACUCUGUUAUGACUAUGUGCGUUUUGCCUUUGUUGUCAAGCAUAGAGCAACGUGAAGAUUUUCCUCUCCUGUUAAAACUUAAUUUUCUUUUCUGUGCAAAGCUCUGCAUUCUUCAAAUGUAUUUUAUUCUUUAAUGUAUCUGCUCAAGAGAUUGUGUGCUUCAAUGCUUUGGCUCUAGGCCCGUGUUUAGUUAGGCCAGAUUACAAUGAUAAAUGAAUUGUAUUUAGCUUUGUAAAUGUUUUCGCACGAAAUGACAUAAAAAUAUCUUAAAUAUA